AUGGAGAUCACCAGAAAAGUGGUUUCUGGAUACUCUUUUGGGAAAACCGUGCUGCAUGUGGUGGCUGUUCAAAAAUUGAGAAAAGGAAUAAGCUACUGCCCCAGGAGAUUCCAAGACACAGAUGUACAAAACCUGCUGAAUGAUAUUUUUGUCCAAGGUAAGAUAUAUAGGGUUUAUUAAUUAUCUAGGGUACAGCAUUAUGUUUGCAUGAUACACAAAAUACAAUAGUUAGAGUUAUGUAUACAAUAUAUAGUAGUUCAAGUGCUAGUAAAUAAGUAAAGGAAUCAAACACUCCAUUGGUUUCAACUCCACUCCACUUUUAGGAGUGUCCUAGAAUUGAGAAACACAUACCCCAGGGGAGGACCGGCAGGCGGGUAAUUGUCCUCCAGCUCAAACUGGGGGAUUUAUUUGUAGUUGCUCUUCACACCAAAUGUAGCUUAUCUCCCUAGGCAGUGUCUGUAAACCAUAGCAGACUGUGCAAGACUCCUCCCAUCAGCUCUGGACUUGAAGUUCAGACGCUGAGGUCUUCAGAUGAGAAGCUUGUUAAAACUCAUUGAACUGAUGAAUUAAAACCAGUGAAAAGUGGGACAGAUGGUUGUCUCAACAGGACAGAGCUGAAAAAAAAAAGACAGUUUCACCUAAAUGGGCACAGUUUGGAGGCAUGGUAUAAUGAUUAAAUUAACACUAUAGUGUCAGGAAUACAAACAUAUAUUCUGGACAAUAUAGUCCUGGUAUGUCCUUUUCUCCCAUGUCACGCCUUGCAGUGGCUGGCUCGACUUCCAUGGCUGAGAUCAUCAACCUUAAUGAUCUCAGCCAAUCCAAUGCUUUACCAUCGGAAAUACGCUGAACUGAAUCAAUCAGCAUCUCCUCAUAGAGAUUCAUUGAAUUAAUGCAUAUCUAUGGGGGAAUGUUCAGUGCCUCUUUGCAGAUGUGGAGACGUGGAAGCAACUCUAGCAGCCAUCUGAGUGACUGCUACUAGAGUUGGUACUAGGCACCAAUGUAAACACUGCUUUUUCUCUGAAAUUCAGAGUUUACAUUGAAAAGCCUGCAGGGAGAGGCUAUAAACAACAGAACCACUAAAUUAAGCGGUAGUUGUUCUGGUGACUAUAGUGUCCCUUUAAGCAUUGCACUGCAUAUGCACUGAAGGGAUUAAACAAAUCAAUAUAGAUAAUAUUAAUACUAUAUAUAUAUAUAUAUAUAUAUAUAUAUAUCAUGUUUUUUGUUAUGUCUGUUUCUUUGCUCAAGAAGGAAAAGAAUGGAUGACGGAAUUGCAAAAUGUCCUAAGGUAUAAAGGUAUUACAUGCAAAAAGACAGAGGUUGGAACCACAAACAGGUUGAAUCAGUCGGUGCCUCUCAUUAUAUACCACAGAUAGAGGGACUACACUCAAGCUAAAGUCUGCAUUUAAAUCCACUUGAAGUGCUCAGAUCAAUCUUCCUUUCUUGGUUGCUGCUCAUUAGGCAUCCAGAAUGAAGUUUAAAAUUAUUAUUUUUUUAAAUCUAUAAAUGCACCUGAGAAUAGAAUCAUUAACUUAAUCCAUCAUUUUAGUGUGAAAUGUGAUGUUUAAGCAAAAUAAAUAUUCACAAAAAUCUAAAAUUUAAAUGACAUUCUCUGGUAUGGAGGUUACCCCAGAUGUUAGUGCAUUAGAAAAAUAACUAUAUAUAUAUAUAUAUAAAACAUUGUACACUAUAAAUAAAAGUGAUAAAAUAUAUCCAAAGUCGCCACUGAUGCAGGCAAGCAGCAGCAAUAGACAUCAUUUUUCAUUCACCUAAUGGACACCACAAAUCAGGAGAGUCUCAUAAAUCUGAUCCCAUACAAACAUGUUCAACCCCAGACACAAUUCCACUCAGUAAAUCUGUUGUGUGGGAUUGCUGAAUAAGCUAAUAGAAAGCAUAUCCUGCUGUUAUUAGCCACUGACAAUCCAAUGUAAGGACAUGUUUAUAGCUGACCUGCGUGCUCCAUAAACUAUUCAAUGAGCAUAGGUGGUUAUGGUGUUUAGAGAGUCCCUUUGACUCUUGCUCAAUAUCCUUUACUGUAAAAUGGAUCCCAAAAGUGUCAUACUCUAUGUCAAAUUAUAAAUUAUACAACAUUUGUUAAGUACAUAAGCAUAAAAAGAACUUUUGUUUUUUAGAAGAAGAAAUUUUGACUUCCACAAAAGCAUUUGUUGCACCAAAGUAUAAAUUGCUUGGUACGAAAGAAUGCACUAUGCGAGAUCGUCAGAAUAAGUGCAUGACUUUGCAUCAGAACCCAGAGGGAGCCCAGCUUGUGGCCAUUUACCUAAACGGAGUAAACAUCCAGAGAGAAGGUAAGUCAGUAUUACUAAGUUACUUGGCCUAAAUGUUCUGCUGUUCUAGGGGACAGAUAUUCACAGUAUGUUAAAUCUAAACUGAAUAAUGUAGCCAAAAUAGCUGAUCUGGAAAAAUUCUCCAAUCUGGUUUAGUCACAGUUCGGCUAUUUAAGUCUAAAUUUUCAAUUGAAAUUUCUAGCUUGUUUUCAAUGUUCUUGCUACUUUUUAAUGGACCAACUAUUACUGACUAACAUGCCUGAAGCUACUGUUAGUAGCAGCUCUUUACCAACUGCAAAUUUUUACCAGUAGUGACGGAGAGUUAGUAAUAGCUGCCACUAUUUAAAGCCAGUAAGUGCUGCCAUCAGGGGAAUAUAGCCUACAUGGCUGUACAGGGAUCAGGCCCUAUACCCUCAAUGUGCAUAUUUAUAUAGCGAGUACCGAUAUACAUAUAUAUAUAUAUAUAUAUAUAUGCAACCCUGCAGGCUCCUGCUGUGUAGCAUGGUGAAGAGGGGGCACAGAAAACUCCAAGUUCCACCUCUGGCAGUUUCCAUUGACGAGCUGCAGCUGUCUGAGAGUUCCUGUUGGUUACCUUGGCAAUGCUCCAUGUGAUACAACGCUCAUGAGAGAAGGAGAGGAUUGCCUGCUGGAGGUGGAAAAUGAGACUACUGGACCACGUUCCCUCUAUAAGCAUGCUAUUCCACCUGAAGACCAGGGAGACUAGUAUAAAGUUUAUUCCCCCCUUCCUGCCUCUUAACUGUGGCCAGGAAGGGGGGAAUAAACUUUAUUAUCAAUUUUAAAAAACUGCACACACACCCACAGCCGUUUUGCAACAUCACAAACUAACACACACACGCACUGCAUUCACUACACAAACACUGACUCUGCACCCACUACAUAAAGACAUAUUGAGUACCAAUAAAUUGGGUAAUAGUAACAACCCCUGGAUGUUGGGCAAAGGUAACAUCCCAAGGAUGUACUUGAAAACCAGAGUAAGCUGAAUGUACCUUUCCUGGUUAAAUACUUUGUUAUUAUUGUUAUUAUUAUUACACAAACACUGCAUCCACUACACAAGCACACUGCACAAACACUACACAUACACUGCAUCCAUUACUCAAACACACAAAAUGCAUCCACUACUUAAAAUUACUCACUGCAUCCACUAUACAAACACACACACACUACAUCCACUAAACAAACACACACUAGAUACACUACACAAACUGCAUCAACUACACACACACACUGCAUACAUUACACAAGCACACACUACAUCCACUGCUGAAACACACACAUUGCAUACACUACACAAACACUGACACUGCAUCCAGUACACAAACACUGCGUCUGCUAAACCAACACUGCAUCCACUAUGCAUACUACAUCCACUAUACACACUAUAUCAACUAUGCACAUACACACACUGCUUCCACUACAUAAACACACACUCUGCAUUUACGACACACACACACUAUAUUUACUUUACUCGCACACUCUCUCUGCAUCAACUAUACAAAUACAAGCACUCUGCAUCCACUUUAUACAUACACACUGCAUCCAAUACAAACUGCAUUGACUUUACUUAUCCUUGUGGGUGGACUCAGGGUUGGGCCCUGUUGGUGAACUCAAGGUGGAUCAGGUGGGGCGAAAGGCCUUGUGCUGUGUAAGGAGCUCCAAAAUUUCUGAUGGCAGCUAUGAGGCCAAUCACCAAGCAGCAGCUAAGGACAAUAAUUUUCUACUGGAGCCACUAACCACUACUUAGUAACUGGUUUCUGGUUGGUUUCCAACCUUGGCGAUACUUUUUAACCACUGCCACUAAACAUAAAAAUUUUACUCCAGCCUCUUGCAUGGUGCAAAUAAGUUAAUCACAAUCUUCCUAUACAUCCUAUAUGAAAAAUCCAUGUUAGCUUUUACAUAGAACAACCAUUGGGAUCUGAGGCUCAAGUUGCGGACCAGUCAUGGAGGCAAACAUCUGCAGGUCUUGGAUAUGUCAGGGACCAAUGCUUUCAUUGCUGUUCUAGGAUUUUCGUGGCCCACAACAUCAACAACAGCUCCUCCCAAUGUUCAAACGUACCCCCAGCACGCCGAACUGGGACAUGGAUGAAAUCCAUCAAUUUUUCUCUGCAUGAUGACAAUCUAUUGCUAAAUGGCUAUCUGCUACAGCACUCAUCUGAACAUAUUUUAAGAUGUUAACCUACCUCUAGUUGGCUUUCACUUUUAAGUUACAUUGCUUUUACAUAUUUAUUUUCCCAGAAUGUUGUUGUCAAUAAUUCACCCCAAUGUUCCAUAAAAAUGUAUUCUGCAUAGCACAAAAUCCCAAUACAAUACAUUGUAUAUACCAUCAGGUCUUCUGGUCUGUAUCUUCACAAGCAGACAUCAUUGACAUUCAGUAAAAACAAAAAGUGACAAGGUUGGAAACCAGUUAGUAAUUAAUAGCUGCUACUAGCUAACACUAUUGUUCAUACUGACAUCUUAAAGCAACUUUUUAUUGACAAGAUUGCAAAUGAGACUGUUUGAUAAAAUUCUGCAUUAAGUGGGAAAACACUACCUGUACUGUAUUCUUUUAACAUUAUUAUACUUUUAUAUUCUUAGAAAAGAUAAGCAUGUCUUUCUACACUGCUCGGAAUUUGGAUAUCAGCGAAAAGCGGCCUGUUGCUUUAGGACUAGGGGGGAAGAACCUCUACUUGGCAUGCAGCCUCGAAGAUAGUGAACCUCAACUACAAUUAGAAGUGAGUAAUAAACAUGUGCAUUCGUUUUUAUACGAGUACGAUUUCAUCAGAACAUUCAGGUAAAACGUAAACGAAAGCCCUAUAUAUGAAUUAUAAACUAAACAAAAGGGCAAAUGCAUUACCUUUUUGUUUUGUUUCAUUCGUUUACUAGACUCCGUGCUGCAGAGGAAUUAACCUCCACAGCACGGAGAAAUAACAUUGCGCAUGCGCAGAAAAAAAACCCAAGGAAGGAGCAGUCAGCAGCGCUACCAGCUCCCUCCUUGUAAUAAUAUUAAUUCCUACUCCCCCCAACACCUUAAAACAUAUGGGGGUCACUAUAUAUUAAUCCUCCCGGAUGUCCCAGCUGUUCCCCCAUGGUGAACAACCCAAAUAAACAAAAUGGGGGGGACAUAGUGCCCUCCCCCCACAUCGCCACCCGUGACCCGGGUGGAGGCUAUUAAUAUAAACAAGGGGCGGGUGGGAACCAUAAUAAAAUAAAUAAGGGGGGUCCUAAUUCCCCCCCCCAGAUCCCCACCCAUGAGCCGCGGGUGGGGACUCUAACUAAUUAAAGGGGGGACCUAAUGCUCCCCCCACAGGUUCCCACUCAUGAGCGGCGGAUGGGGACCCUAAAUAAAUAAAUAAUGGGGGGACCUAAUGUGCCCCCCCAGGUCCUCACCCAUGAUCGGCGUGUGGGGACUCUAGUUAAUUAAAGGGGGACCUAAUGUCCCCAUUGGUCCCCAUCCACGAGCGGAGGGUGCGGACCAUAAAUAAAUAAUGGAGUGGACCUAAUGUCCCCCACCAGGUCCCCACCCAUGAGCGGCGGGUGAGGGCACUAAUUAAUUAAGGGGAGGGACCUAAUGUCUCCCCUGGUACCCACCCAUGAGUGGUGGGUGGGGAUCCUAAAUAAAUAAUCGGGGGUCCUAAUGUCCCCCCCCAGGUCCACACCGAUGAGUGGCGGAUGGGGACUACAAAUAAUAAAGUGACUAGGGGUCCCCAGACCCCUAGUCACCCCCCCAAUAAAAAUACCCUACCUACCCCUCACCCUAAUAAUAGUGAGGGGCGGGGCAAUAAACUAACCCUGUAAAAUAAAAUUUUAUACUUACCAUUAGAUGCCUUCUUUCCUCUUUUCUUUUCUUUCUUCAGCCCCAAAAUUGCCAAAUAAAAAUCCUAUUCCACCUGUUAAAAUACCCGUCAGAACAAAAUCCCAACGCCAAAAAAAUAAUCCUUCUUCAUCCAGCGAGGGCACCGCACAGAAUGAGCUUAUAAAGCCUUCCCACGCCCUGCAAUUUGACUUAGAGCACUCUGAUUGGUUGACUCCAAGACAACCAAUCAGAGUGCUUUGACAGAUAAAUGAAGAGACUGACAGGGAGAACUGUGUGAUAUAGGCGCUUAAAUGUAAAUUAAAUAUGAAUGUUGUACCACUUCUACACACUAGUGGGAAUCGCUCUCACCCACCUUAAACAUAAACAACCAAGGAAAGGAUAACCACCAAAAACAGAUCACCUUAAGAGUGGAGCGUAAAGUAAAUCAAUUUAAACACCUACCCUAUAUAGGGGUUGGUAGGUCUUUUCUUUAUCUUAACUCAUUUGUUAUAUCCAAUUCAAAUCAAUUUAUAUCUAAGAAAGACACAUAAAAAGAGUACAAUAGUGUAAAUCCGUAUGGUCUAUUCGUGUUUUUAUGUAAUUAUAUGAAAUGUCCACUCACAUGUGUCAGAGUCCUAAGUAGGAUAGGCUCAGAUCGCUUGCAAUUGUGUGCCGUCUGGUGGCACUUUCCCCUUUAAAUGGACAUUACUUUUUCCUCAGAAAGUGACAUAAACAUAUUACACUAAUUACGUAAAAACACGAAUAGACCAUACGAAUUUACACUAUUGUACUCUUUUUAUGUGUCUUUUUUAUAUAAAAUUGAUUUGAAUUGGAUAUAACAAACAAGUUAAGAUAAAGAAAAGACCUAACAACCCCUAUAUAGGGUAGGUGUUUAAAUUGAUAUACUUUAUGCUCCACUCUUAAGGUGAUCUGCUUUUGGUGGUUAUCCUUUCCUUGUUUGUAUAAUUCUCUACAUUUACCUGUCACAGCACUCUGAUUAGUUGGCUUGGAACCCAACCAAUCAGAAUGCUCUGAGUCAUUUUACACAGCAUGGGAAAGUUAUUUGGAAUUUUCCCAUGCUGUGUAAUUUGACUUAUAACACUCUGAUUGGUUGCUUUCAAUCAACCAAUCAGAGAGUCAUUUUACACAGCGUUCUUUGGAAUUUUCCCAUGCUGUGUAAAAUCACAUGUCAGGAUUGCCACCACAACCACUUACACAUUUAUUGGGCUCCCAGUGCUAGGAUUGCCACCACAACCACUUACACAUCUAUAGAGCUCCCAGUGACGGAAUUGUCACCACAACCACUUACAGAUCUAUUGGGCUCCCAGUGCCAGAAAUUAGCUUAUUGGUCAAGAUUCCUGUCAUCAUUCACAUAAUUUUCCCUCCCUCUCUUUUGUUUUGCCACUUUUCAGAAAUCCGAAGCACUUUGGCAAUUUGGACCAGUGUAAUUCGGUUUGGUUCGGCACUUACAAACUACCGAACUUCAGGACUUUGGACAUUCGUUAGCGUCCGAAUUGCGCCAAAUUCAUCCAAAUGUACAUUCGAAACGAAUUGCACAUGUCUACUGGGGGACAUUAGGUGUCUUACCCAGAACAGGUGUCUAUAGGUAUCUAACCCAGAACAGAUGUCUAUAGGUAUCUGACACAGAACAGAUGUCUAUAAGUGUCUGACCCAGAGCAGGUAUCUAUAGCUGGCUGGCUUGCAUAACACAAUUGACUAUAAUCGUUAUGGUGCACAGACUUUGUUGACAGACAUUUAACAGAGUUAUGUGAUGCCUAAAUUCUGCUGUAUUAUUCAUGAAUGUAUUCACCCAUAAAUCUAAUUAUUUGACACUUUGCUUAAAUUCUACCAUUAUUAUCUCCCUAUCAUUUUCUCAGAGCAUCAACAACAUUAGUGGGGUAAAAGAUGAAGAAUUGCCACGAUUUCUUUUCUUGAAGUCUGAAAAUGUUUCAACAUCCAGCUUUGAGUCUGCAGCUUAUCCCGGCUGGUAUAUCAGCACUUCUCAAGCUGAAAACAGUUUGGUCGGAGUGAAGCCUCAAGUUGAUCAAAAAUAUAUCCGAGAAUUCUUAGUCCUUCCUUAA